CCUCAACUGAACUAAAGAGCCUGGUCGAAACAACCAUAAAGAGUAGAAGAAGAUGGGGCUCAACAUCGCGUAGCUGCAGAGUAAACUAACUGCAGAGAUGGCUCUUCAACAGAGUCUCUAUAGGUUACACCAGAGAUGGGACCGAGGCCCGUAACCAGCUCCUUUUGAGUUCGGUGAAUAGGUGAGCUUGGUGAUAUCGUGCUAUAUAACCUCAGUGGUGUCUUCAUGGCGUACAAAGGGUGUGGCCAACUCGAUAUAACUACUUCUAGUCCUCUCUCUAAUAGAUUCUGGCUCGAAGUCUCGAUGAUACGAGCUUCAGCAAUAACAUAAACGGACAAUCUUUUUUUUUUUCAACCUCGACCUACUCUAAUCUGACCAUGGAAUGGUUGGACGCCCAACAACACGCAUCUGGAUCAAACAACACUAUCAAGACCAACUGCACAAGCACUAGAGGCCCCAAGGGGAUGUGGCGUUCGGCAUGGCUACAUAAACGUACCCUGAUUGCCCUUAUAUUCCUUUUGACCAUUCUAGCAGUAUCACUCCUGCUCCUAUGGAGGUACGAUAUUUCAAAUAAUGGGAUUCGGCUCGCACUGGGUUCGAACCACUAUAUCUGGACUUACGGUCCUACGGCAAUCCUAACAAUUAUCGUUGGGAUAUGGAGGCAAAUCGAUUAUCAAUGCAAAUCGGUUCAGCCUUGGCUAUGUAUGCAGGAUCAUGCAUCGCCUGCCGAGAGUACCGUGCUUCUAGAUUAUAUUUCGCCUAUACAAAUCACCAGCUUCUACAGAGCUGUUUCCCAACGCCACUGGCCUGUCGCAUGCUCGGUCCUUGGGUUUGCCACCUUGAAGCUUACCGUCCUAGCUUCUACCUCCCUGCUAUUUCCAUCGGAUACCCUGAUGAACAAGACCUAUGACUCUAGGAUUGUGACAUCUUUCAGUGCGUCGCGGUUCUGGGACACAAUCCCCCCGCGAAACUGGACAGGCCCAGACAGAUCUAUUCCAGUUUAUGGAGACAUCCUGUCGCAGACACAGGGAUUCGAGCACAACCCAGCUUAUUCCAAUGUAUCUACAGAUCCUGUCUAUGCCUACUGGGGUCUAAGUCGUCCUGAUUUCUCCUUCCCGCUAGGCACUGAAGAUGGAUUGGCGUUCCAAAUCUUUAACGCGACUAACGACGAUGGAAAAUUAAGCAAGGUGUCGAUGCCAGUUGACGCUUUCAUCCCAAACGUCACUUGUGAGAUCCCUCGAUGGACAACCUUCCAGAAUCCAUCCGACUUUUCCAUCCCUAUUCAGCUGGAAUUAGAGACUGCAACGUGCUCAGUCGGGCGCGGCAGGUUGGACUCCGCACACUUUGAUGCUGUUGAUGUUGUAGCAGCACCUGUGAACAAUGACUAUUGUUCAGAAGACUCUCUGCCCUAUCCAGCCUCCUUCACCAUUCAGCGAGUAAAUUGUGAAGACCAGUCAACUUGGAAUGGAACCACGGCGCUUGAUCAUACAACACAGCACGACUUCCGCUUUGCUGUGAUAGCCGCAAAUAUCUCUGAAACCGUUGUUGAAGACCGUGUUGUAAAUACAACGGUCACUCACGUCGUUGAUAGAAGUCUCUCGCAAGCGGGUGUUGUCUUAUGUAGCAUUGACUACAACAUCGUCAAAGCUAGGGCGGUGCAAAAUUUGGAAGCUGGGACAUUUUCUGUAAUAGGAGACAACAAGGGCGUGCAUGGCCGACAUCUGCCCGAGCUUAGCAGGCUAGAGUUCUCGGAGCUGGUGUAUGCCAGCCUAUACUCCGCGGCUAACAUAUUUGUUCCUCCUGACCGCUUCGUCUUGCUGCUUCCACGACAAGACUCUGCGGCGUCUUGUCCACUUUUUUCCGUCAUGGGGUCGCACUUAGACAAGUCCAAGAAUUCGGAGGAAUUUUUUGACUCGGCAACGUUGCAAAAUGCCGCCCAAAAUGCAUUCAGCAAUAUUGCGGCACAAAUGAUACAGCAGUCGUUCACAGAAAAAACAGAUAUACCAGCUACCAGCGAAGGGGAAUAUCAUGAGCCAAGACUACAUGUAAACCAAGUCUCUUUAUGGAUACUGGUAGCUGGUCUUCUUGUUGUGGCUCUCGCCACCACGAUGAUUGUAGUAACAACAACUCGGCAGGUGAUACCACAGGACCCUAGAUCAACUGCUACGCAUGCGAGUAUUCUUGCGGCCAGUCCUUCAUUGCAGGCUCUGUUAUAUGAAAGUGGAAGUCUGAGAACAAGUCAAUUAAAGUCCCUACUUACGGGGUUUAACUUCCGGACGGUACUUGAUAAACGCUUUCGAAUCGUGGCGUCUCAACAAGAUGCGGUCGACGAUUCUCCAUCACAACCUAAAAAGGCUAAGACUAGUAUAUGGUUACCGUUGUCGGCCAAAUUACCUUUUGUUGCUCUCACGUUGUCUCUGCCGGUCUUAGCCAUUGGGGCACUGGAAAUUCUGUAUCGCACUUCUAUAGCUCACAAAGGGUUAGCCGACGCGCCGGUUGACUCCGAUCUCACAUCGUAUGGAAUUCGACUCUCGUCCUCCCUGGUGAUCCUACUUAUUGCCACAUUAUUCAACAGCCUUGACUUUACAAUAGUCACUUUCGCUCCAUAUGGGACUCUUCGAAACGGCGCAGCUUCCGCCUCUAGAGGGAUGUUAGCCAAUCUACAAGGAACCACACCAUUGCUCGCAAUCUACCAAUCAGUGAAACUUGGCCAGUUUGGAGUCACACUAUCCACCCUCGCAACACUCAUUGGCAGUCUGUUGACUGUUUUUGGCUCGGGUUUGUGGGUUUUGGAUUACAGAGCUACUUUUGACAGCAGUUUCACGACUUCAGCGAGUAAUACCUGGCAAUUGACGUUUUCCGACGCCUUGACAGCAGUCAGCGGAGGUGCGCUGCUCCUAAACAAUAUCGAAAGAAACGUUGCUAGCUCGCCGUCCAAUGUCUGGAAUGACCUUGUGUUCCCACAACUUUCCGAGCUUACGUUAUCUAAGGGCUCCUCAGAUUUUAGACCAGACAUAUUCGACGCAGCGGCUUUGAACUACACCCUAACAUUACCUGCGUUGCGUCCGGAGCUGGACUGCGAUACUAUCCCCAAUCAGUUGAUCAAUGUGACAACUGAUUACCGCCAAUUAACGCUUAUAGAAGCUCAAUGGGAUUUGCCUCCUGGGUGUUUGGGAGGCCCAGGUGGAAACCAAACGUACCUUAACGUCUCAUAUGCUACAAAUAGUGCUCGAUGGUUCGGAGACUUUCUGGACGCUCAUAUGGGUCCGUUUAGCGACUUCAUCGACUCCCAGGAAUUAGGGGAGGAUGGAGUAGAACAGGCUGACAACCCUUUUGGCUGUCCAUCGAUCGUUGCCAUCUUUGGUCACAUCAACUCGAACCGUACCGCGCAGGAUGAUGUGACGAUAUUUGUGUGCAACCAGAAAAUACAACAAGUUGAUACGACAGUAACCUACGUUGGGCACCCUCGCGAUGGGGAUAUCAAUCUCUCCCAACCACCUGUCACUGACGAAUCAACGGCAAUAUAUCUAACCAACGGGACUGAGGGUGUCGAUGCAUUCAACUAUCGAAUACAGGACGAUCUCAGAGAGGGUUUCGAAGCUUUCAACCAGGGCCCAGAAGAGAACUUUGAUAAAUUCUUCAACCGUCUCACUCACGGGCCAGAUGGAAUUACCCGCGAGCAGUUACUAGGGCGUGAAAACGCCCCGAGGUUACUCGAGGCUAUCCAAGGGUUAUACAACAAAUACAUGGUCCAGGUGAUCAAUCUCAACUUCCGCCAGCCGAUUGAAUCCUCAAAGUUGAGACGGGAGUCGAAGAGUAAUAUAAUACCCGGCACAGUUACUCGUGAAAUCGAACGGCUCGCAAUCCACUUCCCAUCUAAGCUUGCGCUUCAGAUAACCUUAGGAAUCAUGGUUAUACUGAGUGCAAUAGCAUUUCGUCUCGCCAACCUGCGCGGCAUAUUGCCAAGAAACCCGUGCUCUAUUGCGAGUGUCAUGGGUUUCUUCGCAGGAAGUCAUUUAUGCUCUUCCGGUGAAAUAUUACCAGAAGGAGCUGAGUGGAUGAGUCUGGAAGAACUGAAAGAGUGUCUUGAUGGGUAUAUGUUUAGCUUGGGGUGGUGGACGCCAAGGGAGAGGCCUAUAGACUCGGGAACGGAAAGCGACACGGUGGACGCGGAUCGAGCUGAUAUGAGCACAGGGGCUAGAUUUGGUAUCGACGUGGGGACUCCAAUCGAACUCGGAUAUUGUGCCAAACGCGUGCGGAAAAGAGCAUCAACAGAUUCGGUAUAAGUUGUUACACGCGCACACAGCUACGGGCCCAUGCAGCGCAAACGCCCCCUAAUUGAGAGGCCUUGCUUUAGUAAAUAGACCAUUAGACAUAGACAGUCAAGACACGUAGUCCAAUUGUAUAUAGAAUCAUAAGUCAAGCCACCAAGGCCAGGAAGGAAUUAGAUGGCCAAGGGCCUUGCAGCUCGGGUAGACUAUUAUAUAAUGAACAUCUUCAAUUCCACGCACAGUCAUCUACCCAU